UUUCUACCAGUUCAAAUCGAGAAGCCGAACGAGGUGGUUGUAUUUCGCUCUCUAAAUUAGAAAUUACGAAAAUGAUUUGAAAAUUUGUUCUAAUAUGUGUACUGUGUUGAUUCUUCUAAAUGUAAUGGAUGUUCUUCGACCGCUUCAACCCCACAAGGCUGCAAGCCCGAAGGUUACGGGAUUGACCUUGACUAGUGCCGUAUAAAACAAGAUUUACAUCUGAAGUGACAAGUUUCACCGGUGGUGAGUUGUAUAUGUCAAAGUUCUUACAUUAUCAUAUCUCGAAAUUUAGCACAAUACAAAAUAUUCCAUCUAAAUUUUCAAGGACGGGAUCAAAUAAACCAAAUAAUUCAUGGAGUGCAAGAAUCGAUCAACAUAUAUAUGAUAUGGACAAAACUUAACUUAACUGCUCUAGUUUCAAUUUAUCGUAUGUUGAACAGUAUAUCAUGCAAUGCAUAAUAUUGCAACUCAUAUUCAUUGGAUUGGAUUAAGGAGUGAACGGGAGAAUGCAAUUUAUGUAUUACAACCAGUUUAAAGUGCAUCGUCUGUGUUAAGGCCAGGCCAGCCACUCGAGAUCUCUAGUUGCAGAUAACCAGAUCUGAUUUGGUGAAUAUGUAGAUGAAAUUAUUGUAAAUUUACAGACUGCAUAUUGGAGUGCAUGAAGGAAGAUGUUGCUAACGUACUACUAAUUAAAGUGAGGUUUAGUGAAUUUAAUUGAAUAAUACGUUGUGGUGUUUAGUUGUCGAUAUAAGAUAAGCUAAAUAAGAGGGAGUUUUACUCUGUGAAUUCGCUUGUCGUGGUGUGGAUGUCGAAGACAACUUGUGGUUGAACUCUACAAAAAGAGAUAUUUUAAGGAAUAUUAUUAUGGAGACUUCUGGCGUUAUUGAUAAGGACUGCCCGUUCGGGGCUUUGUUCCAACAAAUCAUCAACGAAAUGAAGAAUUGUGCUCCAUUAUGGGAAGAUUUAACAGCCCGAUCGACCAAGCUGCAUUCUUGCUUACGGGCCACCCUUCAAGCCAUUUCUUCAUUUCUGGAUACAUUGCAGAAAAUUGCAGAUGCUGCCACUGCAACCAAAGGUGCGACCAAGGACAUUGGAACUGCACUAACACGAAUAUGCUUGAGACACAAAGCAUUGGAGGCCAAGAUGAAGACAUUUACAAGCUCCUUGAUGGAUUGUCUGGUUCUCCCUUUGCAAGACAAGAUGGAGGAUUGGAAAAAGUCAACGGUGCAGCUUGACAAAGACCAUGCGAAAGAGUACAAAAGAGCGAGAACUGAACUGAAGAAGAGGUCAAUUGAGACAAUUCGACUUCAAAAGAAAUUGCGAAAGGGAAGCUCUCACAACGGUGGCUCGUUCACUGGAACACUUCCCCGAAGUGGGGGCAGCAACGGGUCGGACACGGGCAGUCUUCACGGAGGAAAUCAACUCAAUCGAAUUUUGGAAGUUGCUCUCAGGGACAAUGCCGAUAAACGCCAGGCGUUUGAGGACGCCGAGAAAGUCGCUAUUCGAAAUGCUCUCUUGGAGGAGAGAAGUCGAUUUGCCCUCUUUGUCUCGUAUCUUAAGCCAGUUGUGGAUGAAGAAGUUGGGAUGCUGUUUGAAUUGACACAUGUGCAGGAGGCUAUGCAGAUGCUGGAAAAACAUUCUGCUGACCCAUUUACUCUCCCACCUGCCAGUGAACAGGUUAUUGCGGAUUUGAAAGGAUCAUGUGACAGUGGGGCUUGGAGCUUCCAAACGCCUCCGAGUAGUCCUAGCUCCCUUGGAUCACGAAAGUCUAGCAUGUGCAGCAUUUCUUCUGCAAACAGCUCUUCCAGCGGGUCUGCACAUUCUCCUUCACACAAGGCCCACAAUCGCACUAUUCAUCACCCGCCUGUGAUGAUACCUGGUCAAGUUGGUACUUUACGGUACUCAAGUGUCUCAUCUCAAGAUUCCGGAUUCACGUCUCAGGAUACUUUGUUUUCUCGUUACACAUCUUUCUUUCCUCAGCACAAUAAGCCUGGGAACCAAUCUGAAGGAAGUAAUACAAGUUCUACCGCUAGCAGUAAUUCCAGCACACCGUCUUCGCCAUAUCCACCAGGGAACACGGCCCUCACUACAUGGCCUAAUCUAGAGGAUUCCAUGCAAUUUGAAAGGGCAGCUUGUGCCAUUAUGAAUGAAAGGCCGCACACUAUUUCGUCAGCGUAUGAACGUGGACAUCAAAGACCGCCGUUGACAGUGUAUACAUUUCAACCCCCAAACCCCAACGAUGCAAAUCAUCAAGAGAGUCCAUCUACGCCCGUCGUAACGCCCGUGAUCCUAGACUCGCAGUCACACAGCCUGGGAGGAGGAAUAUAUCAAAGUGCUUCCGAAAUUUAUGGAAUUUUGAGAGGAAAGUCGAUUGAUGCGAAACCCCCGGUUCCGAAAAGAUGUUCAUCUCUCGAACGUCCACAAUCCGCCGCAGGUGGCGGACAAAUUCCAAAACCUCUGCCUAAAAAUAGUAAAUCCAAAGAGGCCAAGAAACAGCAGCAGCGACAGGAGGAGAAGGAUAAUAUCAACAAAAUUUACGCUUCCAAUGUUCCUGAUUUCAAUCAGUCCGCAGAAGACAUGAUUGUCCCACAGCCAAUGUAUGUCAAUAUGCACGAUUUAACUCAAAUGGCCAAGGAGAAAAGGCAACGGCAGGAGAUGGACCUACCACCUCCCCCACCGGAAUUGAUGGCAAACAAGGUGGACGGAGGCGGACGGAAUGGAGACGGAGGGUUAUCCAGUGGAUACGGAAGUCAGGUCGGUGGUCAAUUCGAGGACACUAUGCAUCUCAAGCAGCAACAAACCCCAGUGUAUGGAUACACGGGAGGACAAGAAGUUUUGGUGCCUGUUGGUGUUCAAGUUUGUUACUUUUGUGAGGAUGAUAUGCAUAUCCCGGGCUAUUGUACAUUACCAAGACGCUUGGACAACUGUCCCCAAUCGCGUCGUAGUCGUCCAAUCAUCCGAGGUUGUCCUCCUGGGAGACAGCCAACUUUGGCUUCUUCAGCUUCUGCUACGAGUUCCGGAACAGGGUCGAGAAGGAACUCUUGUGGAGCUCAGGAAAAACCAGCUCCACCAAUUCGACGAAAUUCGGUCAUUUCUGCGUCCCCCUCUCGAAACUCGCCUGUGCCAAUGAUGCCUCAUAAUUCGUCUCCCAUAAUGAAUAAUUAUCAGCAACAACAGCAACCCUCGCUUACGAUUAGUAAACAGCAACAACAGCCCAUUCCUAUGCAAACUCAAAAUCCAAAUGCGCCAGGAUACCCUAUUUACAUCCACAACCCAACGUACAAUGGAUCUUCUCAGUCUAGCAAUUCUCACUCAUUGUCAGGGUCUCAGGGAUCAUCUAUGGACAGCGGAGAAACUACUCCACACGCAUCCAUGGAAAGCCUUCCGCCUCCACCCCCUGCUUACUUGAAUGCUGAGAAGAAACCACAUGGUCAGUCUGGACCAAUUCCUGCUGGGGUUGACGAUACCAAAAGGACACUGAGUGUGGCUGAAACAAUUAAGAACUUGACGGAUAAAAAUCACCAUCCAGUGAGCCCUCACAGUCCCCACAUGAUUCGGCGAGCACAGUCAAUGCGACAGGCUGGAGAAGAGUCAUCCAAAGAGAAAGAAGUUCGCAGCACUCCAAACAGUAGACGUGGAUCGUGCAAUAAUGUGGAUUCCACUACUAUUUCUCUCAACAAUAAAAGCAGAUCCAACACCAUGAUGAUGCAAACCACUGCCCUUAAUCAAAAGUUGGUUAACAACCAUCCAUAUGGGAGCAGUACAGUCGCAAGCGUUCAAAGUACCCCAAAUAAUAAUUAUGUCCAAAGUCAACCGAUUUAUCAGCAACUCACUACUCAUCAGCAACAACACCAACAAUACUCGCAACAAUCUCAGCCAAUCUAUUCUCAGGUUUACCAACAAUCUCUCGCAUCCCAGCCAAUUUAUCAGCAACUUCACUAUCAAGGAAGCGAUGGGUCGAUAACAAUUUCUCAAAGUAACGGUGGUACUCCUAAACCACCGCGGAGGUUCUCUGAAGAAUUAUUGAAGACGACUGCAACACUGGUUAAAAAUAGUGUCCUUGGGAGCAAAAUUACUUCCUCUGCUCCUCUGGUCACGUCCAAAGAUAUAUUUGUCCAGACGCUUUCUGCAAAACUUAGUCAAAUGCGUCAGGGUCCGCAGACGGAUAGGAAGAACUCUUAUCCAUUCACACACGCCUCUUCAACCCCCUCGUCCUCCUCUUCCCCCUCGCACGUAGGAGCACAUCAACCACCACCGAAUCCAAAACCAACCAGUUUUGCAUCCAAACUAGUCGCAUCUGUGUCCUCUCAUCAAAAGGGAAACAGCUUUGGAGAAAUAUCCAGAGCAAUUCGAGUCCGUCAAUGGAUUUCUUCCAAAACCGUGCCUGACCCAAACUCUUGCCGGGACUCUUUAAUGGAUCAGAUUCGACGAGGAACAAAACUAAAGCCUACGAGAACAGUGAAUGAUCGCUCUGCGCCAAAGAUUUACCAUUGACAAAACGUGAGCCUCUUGGUUGCAAAAUAUGAGAAUAUUUUAGCCUCUAAUAGGGUGAACAGUGCUUAUGUCAGCAAUAAUAAUAUUAAUAGUGAAGUUAAGUGAACAUAACAAUGGGGCUAGUUUGGACGAACCAGGACGGCGACGAAUUGUUCUUGCCCUUAAUUUUGCGCAAACUCGGUAGUGUUGACAUUUUACGUCUCAUUUUUUAACCUUAAAUAUAGCAUAUCAUUCAUCGACGACAUUCUGUUAUAGGUUAUGUUAUAGCAAGACAAAUCCAUCGUUCUACCCACCAUUUGCAUUGUAAUAAUAAAAAAUAAAAAUUAUGUACUCACUUUGCUUUGAUAUAGAAUAACUUGUAUGUUUCGGUAUGUAUCUGUGCCGUGUACGCAGUUGAGACUAUGUACUUGGAAGAAUUGAGCAAUGAUACUUCAAAAGUACGAAAAAAUAUGGUAAAGUAAUAUGGAAAUGAUCCAAAGACAUGAAAUUGUACAAAUAAGUGUUAAGAAAAAAAGGAUUAUGGUUUUAAUAUUUAAUUACGAGAUGCUGUAACAUUUAAGACUGAUCUGAGUUUAUGAAUCAAAUUAUGUACAUGUUUUUUUACUCUUUUUUACUUUUCUUGUAAAUAUGAUUAUAUUGCAGAAUAACGGUAUGACCGGUAUUUUUGGCCAAUGCAAUGUAACAUUGCAUUAACAUUGCCUCCUACAUAAUGUAAAUAUAUAACAUUUACUUUGCAUGUUAUAUUUUACAUAUAAGGAUCAGGAGGAUCAUUACAAGUCUGGUUGCUUGAGUUUGAUUCUUUAUUCUGUAAAUUGAAACUCGGGGACCCCGAGUCGGGGUUAAUGUUGUUAGAAUAAUUGUGGUAAUAUUGAACCAAUAACAGAACAAUAAAAUAAUGCAAUGGUAAUGACCUGGCGCUAUAUAUAUAUGUAGCUCGGACAUUGAUGGAAUUCAGGAAAUAAUUAGUAGUACAAUGCCGCGAUGUCAUUAAGCCUGUUAUUCCUAAUAAAAUAAUGCGUAUAAGACGGUGUAGUAAUUAUGGCUCCGAUUUCAGAAGUUGUUGGAACAACAGUUAUAUAUAUCAGUCAGUUAAAACUGGUCAUUAAUAAGUAUAUCAAAUCAAUUAUAUUUGUAGGUAGACGUAUAUUUAAUGUAGUUCAACUAACGCCGUUUUUAUUUAUUGAAAAAUAUUGCAAUGAAAUGUAUUGUUGAAAAACAUGCAUACGUGUAUGACAUGUAUCAUGGCGGAUUUAUUAGCUAUUAUCAAGUAAAAUUUUUCAUGUCAACUACAAUUAAUAAUAUUUGAUGUAAUUGAUUCAUUUGUUUAAUAUUUAUUAAAUGACUGCAUAAUAUUCACCCCGUUCACCCCACUA